AUGUCCCCUCCUGUCUUGGGGACGCUCCCUGGUCGUGAGGCCUCGGGGACCCCUGACCCUUCCGGGUCCCCCGCACCCCGGGCUCAGGCCCCCCUCUCGCUUUCCUCCCUGUACGCUCACGUCCCCUGUGUGCCGACGACGCGCCCUGUCCACCCCGUCGUCGCCCACCUGGAGCGGAGCAGCCCCCUCCACUAUGGCCUCCCGGUCGCCCCCACAGUCCGUCCCCCCCCUCGGUGGCCACCAGAGGGCGCCAGCGCGCGGUGGACAGCCCAGGCGCCGUCGGGGCCUCGGGCUCAAGAUGGUUCCGCUGCCGCUUCCGAGGGCAGGGCGGCGGCGCCGGCGAAGCUCCCGGAGGCUCCAGGCCGGGCCGCCCGCGUCCUCCAUCCCUCCUCCCGCGGCCGCCCGGCCCGGCCCUUGCGUCCGCGGCGGCCCUCGGUCCCUCGAGGGCCGGCGUUUCUGGUCAGGCGAGCCGCGGCCAGCCGCUCCCGAGGUCCCUUGCGGCGGCGUCCCGGGGGCCUGCGGGGGCCUCGGAGCAAGAUGGCGGCGGCGGGGUCCGUGAGGCGCGGGCGGCGGCGACCGCGGCGCCAGUGA